AUGUCUCUAGUUACGCACGCACAAAACCUCUCCUCAUCACUCCUAAAAGCUGGCCUAGUGCCGGGUUCCGCCCCACUGAUCCCGGAUGACUUCAAGCCCUUGACGGAGCUUUCCGUCCGAUUUGGCGAGAGACAAGUCAAUCUGGGGAACCUGUUCCGCGCAAGUGAAUGUAAACAAGCACCGAGCGUUUCGUUUACCCCGGAGAACACGUGGUCAUCAAAAACAUACACACUUCUUCUUAUAGAUCCGGAUGCACCGACACCGGAUGAUCCCAAGUUCGCGUACUGGCGACACUGGGUGUUGUCUGGAUUGGUACCGGGUAUGGAUGACGGUGAUGCAUUGAAUGUGCUAACGGAGUAUCUUGGGCCCGGGCCAAAGGAUGAGUACGCAAUCGGAUUGGAUUGA